AAAGUAAAAAACCCAAAUUUCCUUGAAAAAAGCGGGGUGGUGGUGGAGGGGUCAGCAGACUCAGGACUCUGCUGCACUCUUAAAGAAAAAAAAAAAAAAAAUGCCAGAACUUUCUUCCCGUUAAUCUCUUCUCUACUUCGUUUCAGCUUUAACUUAACCAUCAUUAACUCUCUUAAUCUUUCAUUAUUAUUAAAAGGUUUAAAACAAUUUGAAAUCUGGGUUUGUUUCAUACCAUUCCCUUUUUUUAUUUUUUGUUGGAGAAAAAUGGUGGGAGAUUUGCGUUCUUUCUAUAAGGAUACUUUUGUUCUUAGGCCUCCAAAGAUGUCUUCUCUGAUAGUAAGAAUGAUAAUGCUAGUGAUUGUUACAGUAUGUGGAGUUUAUAUAUGUUCAGUCUGUCUGAAGCAGAUAAACACCCAAACCAAGUCUAGUAUUGAAGUUAUUGAGAGACUGAGAAUAAGUUGUGAGGCCAACCAUUUGGAUUAUCCAUAUCUGCAUUACCCACAGCCUGAAACCUUUAGCAGGGCUGAAUGUUCCGGAAAUCCGGUCCGGUUCUUUGUGAUUGUAACAAUGCAGAGAUCAGGGAGUGGAUGGUUUGAGACGUUGUUAAAUAGUCACAUGAAUGUCACUUCCAAUGGUGAGAUAUUCUCUAAUAAGGAAAGGAGAGACAAUAUCUCCUCUAUUAUUCGGACUCUUGAUAAGGUUUACAAUUUGGAUUGGUUCAAUAGUGCUUCCAAGAAUGAAUGCUCAGCUGCUGUUGGCUUCAAGUGGAUGUUAAAUCAGGGGCUGAUGGAUUAUCCAGAAGAGAUAGUUGAAUAUUUCAACAGAAGAGGUGUGUCUGCUGUAUUUCUCUUCCGAAGAAAUCUACUGCGCCGGUAUAUUUCAGUACUUGCAAAUUCCUUUGACCGCUACGCUAAGAUAUUAAACGGAACCCACAAGUCUCAUGUGCAUUCUCCAGAAGAGGCUGAGACUCUUUCAAAAUACAAGCCUCUCAUCAAUUCAACAUCACUAUUAUCUGCUCUGAAGGAAGCAGAGUUCACAAUGGCCCAGGCUUUAGCCAACUUCAACAGCACUAGGCAUAUUAUUCUAUAUUAUGAAGAUCUUAUCAAGAACCACACUAAACUGGUGGACGUUCAGGACUUUCUUGGGAUACCACAUAUGAACCUAACUAGCCGGCAAGUAAAGAUACACAAAGGUCAUCUGAGAGAGCAUAUCAAGAAUUGGGAUGAUGUCAAUAAGACCCUCAAUGGAACAGCUUAUGCGAAGUUCCUUCAACUUGACUAUUGAACAGUUGUUAUCAGCUAACAAGUGAUACGGUGUAUAUAAUGCUGAUUUAUAAAGUGAGCCCGGAAGCUGAGACCGAAGGCAUGAAGCUUCCUUGUUGAUUGGAAUGUCCAACUUAAUGUAACCACUUAAGUACUCUUUUGAUCACCUCCCGUUUCUGUUGUCCAUUAUAGUGUAGAAAUGUUCACAACAGUGAUGUAAAGCCCCUUGUAUUUUAAUUAUGUAGUUAGGAUUAUAGUAUCAUGCAAGUAUUCUGAAAUUUUGAUCACAUAAUUCAUAGGUUUUUACUGUGAAAAUCAGAAUGUAAUUUAGAGGGAAAGGAUCCCAAAGCUUGGAUGAAUUGUAUAAACUUCUGUUGUAGUCUUGUAGACAAUUCCAUAAA